CUCUGAUUGGUCAACAGCACGGAAGCGGGCAAUGGCAGCGUAAACAAUCUAAAAGUUGGUGCGAGGCACUGCUUAGCUGAGCCGCUAUAGAAAAUAAAACGUAAAAAUUAAGGUACAACUAAACGGAGUAUGUUUUCAGCGCUAGGAGGACUGCGGUUCGGUGCGCAAACUAUUGAAUCCUCACUGGUUCACUUCUUGGUGGUGUUUAGCUGCUAGUUUCGGAUAACGUUUAGCUAAUUUUGCUAACUUAACGGAAAAAUAACAAAUAUCUAACUUUUGGUAAGUUUAAUUUGUAGAAAUGGACUGCGUCGUCACUGGAGGAAACGUGAAAGUGUUGGCCAAAGCUAUCCAUUCUCUGUCCAGGAUCGGUGAUGAACUCUAUGUGGAGCCUCAAGAAGAUGGGCUGGCCCUGCGGUCUGUGAACUCCUCUCGGUCGGCAUAUGCUUGCUUCCUGUUCGCACCGCUCUUCUUUAGCAGGUACACCAUUCCCAGUGGGCACACAUUCCGCUGCAAGAUGGCAAUAAAGAGUGUACAGGCUGUAUUUAGGUCUCUAGCAACACUGGAGAAGACGGUGGAAAAGUGUCAUAUCAAGCUGCAUGAGCAGAAGAACCGCCUCACUUUCACCUUACACUGCAAACACGGCCUCCUGAAGACGCAUAAUCUUUCUUUCCAGGACAGUGAAAGCUUACAGGCAGUGUUUGAUAAAGACAGCUGUACCAAUGUAUUCAGAUCCCAGCCCAGGCUGCUGGUGGACACAGUUGUACACUUUCCUCCUUCUCUGGAAGAAGUGACUGUGGCAGUGAGUGGUGAUAAGAUGUGGGUCAGGAACCAUGUGGAGGAAGAAGACCAGUCAAAGGCCAUGUUGACAGAGCUGUGUCUGGCUUCAGAUGAGUUUGACCAUUUUGCUGUCCAAAGUGCCAACAGCAUCACAUUUUGUCUGAAGGAGUUAAGGGGUUUAUUAGUGUUUGCAGAGUCUACUGGUCUCCCUAUUUCUAUGUACUUUGAUGAACCGGGCAGCCCUGCAGUGUUUUCAGUAACAGACAGUGUCCUGGAGGGGAACUUUGUGCUGGCCACACUUUCUGAUGACAUCAGUCGCCGUAAAAACAACAGUAAACGAGCACACACGCCUCCACCCCCUCCUGAUGACUUCAUGAAUGAUGACAUAGACUCCUACCUCAUCUCCAUGGAUACCAGUAUGGCACCAGGUUCCUCAGCUACAGGUCCACCCACACCCCCAUUAGCAGAUGCCACAUGUUCAAAACAGCCUCCUGCAGCCAAUCACAGGACAGGACUAUACAGUGAGGAGGAGGAAGAUGAAAUGGCUGAUCUGGAAGGACCACCUAAUAAGAAGUUCUGUUCCCUGUUCUUUGGAUCGGUGCUUCCUCCAUCUUCUCAGAUGACCACUCAACCAGUGACAAGUCAGGAAGUGUUGGCCAGUGACAGUGAGGAUGACAGUGAAGUAUAGUGACAGUGGACUGAUGGAGAGGAGAGGCGUGGACUGAGCUGAAAGUGUGUGUGUGUGUGUUUUGUUUUACUUUUACACACAUGCCACCUGAAUAACUAAACAAAAAAAGAUGGACACCGGGAAUCCUUAUAUUCCCAUCUUCACUGGCCUGUACAAGUGCUGUACAGGGAUGGAUUUUUUUUUUGGAAAUGCAGAGACAGUGUGUGCACAGAACAGGAUUGCCACUGGUAGUGUCUUCCAACCUUUAUUGGAGUAUCAUAAUGUGAAUGAUGGACGUGAAAAGAAGUGGGAUUAUGGAAAACUGGUCGAGAAGUUCCUGCUGUAUUUUUUUGUUUUUUCCCGUUCAGAUUUUGUUUGCGAUCAUGGUUUAGCAAAAAAAAAAAAAAAUCUCCUCUAAAUAAAAGAAACAUGGUUUUCAAAAGUA